UAUAUAUAUAUAUCUAGCAUGUGGGUUCAGUAUAUUAUUUGAUUCUCACAUAAUGGAAGUUUAAAUCCCUUUUUUUUUCCCAACAGUUCAUAAUUUCCUUGCUUCCUAGCUCCAAUUUGUUUGCACUUUGUACAAGCUUCUAGGUUGGUUCUAUUUCAGAUCAUAGAUUUUUUUUUUCUUCUUGUCUUUUUGUUAAUAAGUGAGUCUUGUAAAGGCAAUUUACAUGUCCAACCCAUAUUAGAAUUGAGAUAAACUAGUUGAAGAGUAGUAGUUUAUUCUGGGGGGUUUGGAAAGUUUUGAGUUUUUCUGCUACAAGGAAAAAAGGGAUAUGAUAUUAUCUGUAAUGAGUCAGUAGUAACAACACAGAUGGAAAUCAAUGGGCUCAAGCUUCUGGCAAACACAACUCCCCUGUUAUCAAUACCUACAACGAAGGCAAAUCCACCUUAUUAUGAGUCAAUUUCAUGUAGAAAUUAUGGUUACGGUAGUAAUCAUUUUCAUUGUGGAAUUGGAGUGGUAUCAGAAUCUGAAGAUGAAAAAAACAGGGGAGGAGGAACCACGGUAUCAAAUUUGGUCACUCAAAAUGAAGGUGAUAACAUUGUCACGGUGGAUGUUGAGGUGCAGCACGCACAAGAUCCUUCCGCAAUGGUGUUGGAUCCUGAGGGUAAGGAAGGCACUAGAUCUAAUGGAUCUGAUCCAAAAUUAUUUACUGCACCUCAUGAGUUGCUGCAGGAAAAGAAGAUAUGUAGAGCUAGUAGCCAAAACGUUUUUGAACAGGUUUGUCCACCCCUUUGGGGUUUCACAACUAUGCGCGGAAGGAGGCCGGAGAUGGAAGAUGCUGUUGCAGUUGUGCCCCGAUUUUCCCAAGUUCCUACUCAAAUGCUGUUGAAUGACCAUGUUUGUAAUGGUAUGAAUAAUCAUCAUUUAAGUCAAUUAACGGCCCAUUUCUUUGGUGUCUAUGAUGGACAUGGUGGCUUUCAGGUUGCAAAUUAUUGCCACGAACGUCUCCAUUUGGCUUUGAUGGAGGAGAUAGAAAUCACAAAAGUGAGCCUGUCUGAUGGAAGAAGCAUUGGGAAUAGUUGGCAGGAGCUGUGGAAGAAAGCCAUCUUGAAUUGUUUUCUCAAAGCUGAUGCUGAAAUUGGGGAAGUUCACCGAGGCAGUAAUGGAAGCAACGGUGAUGCAUCAGAGGUUUUUCAAGAACCUAUUGCCCCUGAAACUGCUGGGUCUACUGCCGUGGUUGCCAUUUUAUGUUCAACCCACAUAGUAGUUGCAAAUUGUGGGGAUUCAAGAGCAGUCUUGUGUCGUGGAAAAGUACCUAUGCCAUUGUCAGUAGAUCACAAACCAAAUAGAGAAGAUGAAUAUGCAAGGAUAGAAGCUGCAGGAGGCAGGGUCAUACAAUGGAAUGGAUCCCGUGUUCAUGGCGUUCUCGCAACUUCCCGGUCCAUCGGUGAUAGAUACUUGAAACCAUGGGUUAUUCCGGAUCCAGAAGUGAUGUUGGUUCCUCGGGCAAAGCAGGAUGAGUGCCUUAUUUUGGCCAGCGAUGGCUUAUGGGAUGUCAUGACAAACGAGGAGGCCUGUGAUGUUGCACGAAAGAGGAUCCUUGUGUGGCACAAAAAGCAUGGCAGUGCUCUACCUGCAGAAAGAGGUGGUGGUGUUGAUCCUGCAGCACAAGCUGCAGCAGAGUACCUCUCAAGGCUUGCUCUACAGAAGGGAAGCAAAGACAACAUCACCGUAAUAGUUAUUGACUUGAAAGCUCAAAGGAAGUUUAUAAGAAAAACCUAGCACUAUUUUAGAGAUAAUAUCACUAUAAUCAGUAACAUGGUUCAGCCUUUCAUUU